UUGGUGGAAGGGGAAAUUAGACCUAACCUCACAAUUUUACCAAUGUUUAAUCAAUUUAAUUAUCAAGUUACUAAAUAAUUACAAUAUCUAAUCAGAAUAACAUUAAUUUUUAGCAUAAAUUACCUGCAUAUCUAGAAGACAAAGCGUUUUAACUUCAAGUAUCAGCAAAUACAGCUUCGUUAUCAACCAUGAAAGUUGCCAGUGUAGUAACACUACUUUAUUUCUUUGUUUUAAAAGUUUUCGCUGAUAAUACCGAAGAUACUCCAUCGUUUAAGUAUACAGCACAAAAUUUCAACGAUGAGGUUUCCAAAAAGCACCAUUUCAUCAUGUUUUAUGCCCCAUGGUGCGGACAUUGUAAAAGCUUUAGUCCCACAUGGGAACAGCUAGCCGAAAUGCUCAACGAGGACGACAGCAAUAUCAGAAUAGCCAAAGUAGACUGUACGAGUGAUGCUAAAGUUUGUUCAGAACAAGACAUUACCGGUUAUCCCACUUUAAAAUUUUUCAAAGUCGGUGACAAUGAGGGGGUUAGAUUUAGAGGCACCAGAGACCUACCUACAAUAACCAACUUUAUCAACGAACAGCUGAGACAGGGUGAUGAAGAUCAUCCUGAUAUCAGGAAGGAAUUUUCAUUGAAGGAAUUGACAGAUGAUAAUUUUGAUAGUGUUAUAGAAAGUGGAAAGGCUUUUGUUAAGUUCUAUGCCCCUUGGUGUGGACAUUGUCAAAGAUUAGCUCCAACAUGGUUAGCUUUAGCUAAAGCCAUGGAAUUUAACGAAGAAAUAACCAUAGCAAAGAUUGACUGUACCGAAUACAGAGAUGUAUGCACAACAUUCGAUGUGAAAGGUUACCCUACAAUGCUCUGGUUCGAGAACGGUCAAAAAGUCGAUAAAUACUCAGGAGAAAGAUCUUUGGAAGACCUGAAAAACUACGUUAAUAAAAUGGCUGGCAGUAAAAUCAAGCUUAACCUUCCCGGACUGGAUGAUGUUAAAUUUCUGGACGACGAUGCAGUCUUGGACUUAAGUUCAGAGAACUUUAACGAAGAAAUACAAGACGGUAUUACUUUUGUCGAUUUCUUUUCACCCUGGUGCGGGCAUUGCAAAAGACUGGCCCCUACGUGGGAACAAUUAGGCAGAAAACUACAAAAUACUCAAGGCAUUAAGAUAGCUAAAGUCGAUUGUACCUCACCUGAAAACAGAGAAUUUUGUAAUCAACAGGAGAUUGAGGGAUUUCCAUCGUUAUUUCUUUACAAAGAUGGACAAAAAGUGUCACAGUACAAUGGCAACCGUGAGCUAGAAGAUCUCUACGAUUUUGUGACUGAUCAUAUGGUUCAUGAUGAACUCUAAGUCAAUUUUUACAAAAAAAAUACUAUCUAGUCAUUCUUCAGUCAUCAAAGUAUAUAUUCAGUCUGAAUUUUUUAUUUUUCGUCAAAACAGGACAGAAAUAAUACAGAGUUUUUAGUAUUACAACCAAAGUAUUCUUGAUGAUUGUCCAAAAUAUUUUCUUUUUGAAAUAAAUAUUAAUUACUGUGUAUUUAAAACUCUAUUUUUUUAACUUCUUGUUUACUCAGAGUCAACUUCAAACUUUAUAGUAACAAUAUCUUUAAUUCCUCCUUCAAUGACAUCUCCUUUAUGAACAGGCCCCAUUCCUGGUGGUGACCCAGUUAUUAUAACAUCAUAAGGUUCCAAAGUGA